AUGCUCUCCCUGCGCACCUCGUCCCGCUCGCUCGCUCAGUCCAUCGCUGCUCCCGCUUCCCGCCGCGCCGUCUCGUCCCUCGUCGCCAACCCGGCAGUCCGCCCCUCGCUCCCCUCGUCCGCACGCUCCAACGCCUCGCACAGGCCACAGACCGCUCUCACAGCUGCCAUGGGUGCUACGCGUCUCUCCCACCACUCGGGCGAAAGCACCGUCCGACCGCCCGCGGACAAGGUCAUGCAGGACAUCGCCGACUACGUCCACAACUACGAGAUCAAGUCUGACCUCGCCUACUCGACUGCGCGCCUCUGCCUCAUCGACACCAUCGGUUGCGGUCUCGAAGGUCUUCGCGUCUCGGAGGAGUGCCGCGCCUUGAUGGAGCCCAUCGUGCCCGGCACCACCGUCCCCAACGGCACCAAGGUUCCCGGAACGCCCUUCCAGAUGGACCCGGUUCGCGGCGCUUUCGCUAUCGGCACCCAGAUCCGCUGGCUCGACUUCAACGACUGUUCGUCCUUGCCUCUUCCGCCUGACGCCUGCUUCCUCGCUGCCGAAUGGGGACACCCGUCGGACAACCUCGGCGCGAUUCUCGCCGUCGCCGACUACCUCUCUCGCUCGGGCGAGCCUCUCAAGAUGCGCGACGUCCUGACGGCCAUGAUCAAGGCUCACGAGAUCCAGGGCUGCAUGGCGCUCAAGAACUCGUUCAACCGCGUCGGUCUCGACCACGUCAUCCUCGUCAAGCUCGCCUCUGCCGCCGUCGUCUCGCAGAUGCUCGGCCUCACCCGCGACCAGACUGUCGACGUCAUCUCGCAGGUCUUUGUCGACGGACAGAGCUUGCGCACGUUCCGCCACGCACCCAACACCGGUUCCAGGAAGUCUUGGUCCGCGGGUGAUGCUUGCAUGCGCGCGGUCCACCUUGCGCUUCAGGUCAAGCGCGGCCAGAUGGGUAUCCCCACCGUCCUUACUGCCAAGACCUGGGGCUUCUACGACGUCCUCUUCAAGGGACAGGAGUUCAAGUUCCAGCGCCCGUACGGUUCCUACAUCAUGGAGAACGUUCUCUUCAAGAUCUCCUUCCCCGCCGAGUUCCACGCCCAGACCGCCGCCGAGGGCGCGCACAUCCUCCACAAGCAGCUCAAGGAGAUGGGCAAGUCGUCGGACGACAUCAAGAGCGUCAAGAUCCGCACCCAGGAGGCUGCCAUCCGCAUCAUCGACAAGUCGGGCCCGCUCGACAACUUUGCCGACCGUGACCACUGCAUCCAGUACAUGGUCGCAGUUCCUCUCAUCUACGGCCGCUUGACUACCGAGGACUACUCGGACAAAGUUGCUGCCGACCCUCGCAUCGACGCUCUCCGCGACAAGAUGUACUGUGUCGAGGACAAGCAGUUCACGUCGGACUACCACUCGCCCGACAAGCGCUACAUCUCGAACGGCCUCACCGUCACCCUCAACGACGGCACCGUCCUCCCCGAAGUCCACAUCGACUUCCCCGUCGGCCACAAGAACCGUCGCGAGGAAGGCACCCCGCUCCUUAACGCCAAGUUCGAGCGCCACAUCAAGCCUCACUUUGACUCGGCGCACGUUGACAAGAUCCUCAAGGUCGUCGGCGACCAGUCAGCGCUCGAGAACCUCUCGGUCAAGGAGUUCUCGGACCUCUUCCACAAGCCGUGA